AUGGACUUCAAGACUAUCUUUGACGACGUGUCGAAAGGGAUCAGUGAGCAGCGUGAAGAGAUGCAGUGGCUAAGGGACGAAAUGGUCGAGGCGAACCAAGAGCUACAACAGAGUCAAUCAUCAUCGGUUCGCGGGGUAUCGGAUCUUGUGAACGAGCAGAGAACCAUUAGAGACCUGGAGAGCAACGAUCUGAUGCAGAACAUGCACAAGCUCAUCGAGGCUACUAUGCAGCAGCAAGAGCUGCGUUUUGGAGAGGUUGCUAAAAUCUCCGGACAGCUCAGGUCUGCUGCACAGAGUCACUUUGCUGUUGGAGCCUCAUUUGCACAUGGCAGCGAGCAGCUUGCGGAACGGUCAAGCAAUUUCGGUGACGGGCUGAUCAAAUCCCACGACACGUUGAAGACAGGCAUCCAGAGCGAUUUUGCAGUCGCAAGUAUGCACACAGAAAACCCCAAGGCCGUGACUACUUCCAUCCAAGACGAGACUACUCGGAUAACGAGAGAACAGGUCCAGCACCUAGACACGGAGAUGCGCACCCUUGAUAACAUUGUCGACUGCAUCCAGAAGCAGAACAACAUCGCGCUCACGCUACCCGGGAGCGGUCCUUCUCCGAGCUCGUCUCCACAGUCCAUCACUCGUCUUGGUAACGAUGUCGCGGAGCAGACGGAUGGGUUGCGCGAGAACCUACCGCGCCUCAACGAGGAUGCGCAUAUCCCCAGACAGCUGGCAGAGUUGAGGCAGCGUGUCGAGUCCGAGUACAUCCACACAAGGCAGACGCCAACGUGCAAGAAGUACAGCUAUCCAACAGCAGUGCCACAGACAAGCGGCCGUGCCACGCUCAUGGAGCCCAUGCACACAGGACGCGCCAGGGAUGAGCCGUCAUCAUCUUCAAGGCCUAGAAGUUCUGGCAUGGCGAACAGUUCCACGAGCCUCCGCGAACUAGAUAUCAACACGGUAGACAACUUUGCCAUUAUGAAAGGCGUCACGCUCUUGGAGAAAGACAUUACGAGUAGCAACGCCCUCGUACCCCUUUCUUCACUUAAGUGGCCCGCCAGAAUCAGCGCUUUAGCGGAGAGCAAUAUUCCGCCUAAGAAGCGCCGGUUACGUAGUACUGUAGAGGUUAGCAACUCGUUGACGGCUAGUAGUACGAUACUAGGAGACAGGGAGCGCCUGACGAUACCGAAUAUAAGCGCGAGCGUGGGGGCAUAG